AUGACUAUUGCAACGCUGGACUUCUCGCUUCAUCCAGUCGUGUCUGGGACAACAGUCCGACACGAGAUUACUUAUGGAAACUCCAACACGAGGUUGCCGGAGACUUACUACCAGAGCAGCGCGACUUCAUUUGCGAUGUAAUUGAGGCUCAGAGGUUGAAGAGGAAGAAGGGAGAGGAACAUAGUCCUAAUAAAUUUGGUCGUGAGAAAAUCAAAAAAACGAGAACCAAAUUUAGGUAGUUUCUCACUCGCCCAUGUCGUGGACUAUGCUGAGUGGCGCUCCACUUGAUUGAAAGGGAAAAUAAGGAGGGCGCAGGGCACCCCGCUCGACUCGGUGUAGUGAAAAACUACCGCUAAGCUGGGGCAAUUGUCGGACGCUCGCAAGAGACUUCGCAAAGCUUGGAGCAAGAUGAACGGGCAGAGUCACACCCCCGCAUCAGAAUGGUCUUGGUCAACAUGGUCCUGUUCCUCAUAGCGAGUCCGAUGAAGAAGAAUGUGAAAGUUCCCCAGCGGCGGAACGGAAACUCACACUGGAC